AAAUCUCUAGAUAAACAACAAGUGUUUUAAGAAUACUGCAAAAAAUUAUCGGCAGCUUGGGGAAUUAGACACAUCAUAAGGCUGAACCUCCCGUCACUUUCUAUUUCAGGAAUUGUCAUCCAUUGUUGCCCAUUUUAACCUGACAAUCUGUCUUUAAUCCCGCUGUUGUCCAAUGUCCAAUUCUUCAGCGCCUGGUGAAUCCAAGGACAUUUCUAUGGUGGAUGUGUCCAACGCCUUACCGGACGUUUCUUCUGGCGACAACCAGAGCCAGGAUACCUUUACCGCUCCUCCAAUCCGAAGAAAAUCCACGUUAAUAUUGACUGACGAAGACCAUAUGAAGCUUGAAGAACCUUUGACAAACACCUCGAACACUGACGCAGACACGAUGCACAUCGACCGAAGUCAGACCAACUUGAACCAGGGGCCCGCCCAGCUGUCGCCACCGCCAGCCUCGUCCCAGUCCCAACAACUGCCUCCCCCUCCUCCAGCACAAGCGACCGCAGAAGCUGAUCUCACCGUAACGGUACCAGUGGAGAUCAAAUGGUCCCAGGGUGGCGAAAAAGUGUACGUGACAGGCUCCUUCACGGGAUGGAGAAAAAUGAUUGGUUUGGCUAGACAGCCCGACAAUAACUUUUUAAUCACUUUGGGAUUGCCGGUGGGAACCCAUCGGUUCAGGUUUGUUAUCGACAACGAAUUACGGUUUAGUGAUUACUUACCUACGGCCACCGAUCAGAUGGGGAAUUUUGUCAACUACGUGGAGGUAACUCCUGAAAACGUCCAACUGUAUCUUGAUCAACAGGCCCACGCGGACCUUUCAGACGAAGAUAAGUCCGAGCUUGAAAGUCAGCUUACAGACGAAGAAACGUCGGUGGGGGAUGUCCAACCACCAACGCUGUUACUGCGUAAGAGCUCUAUUUCCAGGUCGGCCACCCGCUCCGACUCUAUGUGGGGGUUGACCAAUGAUGACGAUGAUAUGGGUAAUGGGUAUUCGAGGUAUCACGACGAAGACAUCGAUGCGAACUUGCACAAAACAUACCAGUUUAUCAACGACAUACCCCCGAUUUUUGUGGAUCCAAAGGUGAUGGAGCAGUACUACAUGGCGAUUGAAAAACAGUCUAAAGCACAGAAUGGUCAACAGGCCUGGUUGCAUCCUCCACAGCUUCCUCCGCAUUUGGAAAAUGUUAUCUUGAACAAUUUCAACUCGAUGGAUAGAGAUAAUAACUCGGGUGCGUUACCGAUUCCCAACCACGUUGUAUUGAAUCACUUGGCCACCACCAGCAUCAAGCACAACACUUUGUCGGUGGCGUCCAUCGUGAGAUACAAGCGUAAGUACGUUACCCAGGUGCUCUACGCUCCAUUGCAGCAAUGAUUGGUGCGUUUAAUUCAUAACUAGCAUAAAUACAUAACACGAAGUCAAUACGCCCCGUGUGGGGGGUUGUCACGGCCACCGGUGUCUGCCCCCGUGCCAGCCUCGUAAGAGCCUCCGCUGUGCGAGGUGUUGCCGGAGUUGUGGGAGUUACGACCGUAGGAGUCGGAGUCGAAGUUGUUACGCCCACCGUCACCGGCACCACCAUAUGAAUCCCGCCCGUAGGUGUCAGUGUUAGGCCCCAAAUCACCGCCACCAGAGACGUAGGGAUCGCUCCGUGCUGAUUGAGUUGUUUUCGACUCCUUCUUUUUAGUAUCUUUCAAUUUUUGAUCUUGAGAGAUCUUUUGGUGCUCUUCAUCGCUGGAGGAGCUGGAAGAUGAGUCAGAUGAGUUUUUGUGUCCUAAGCCGAAAACCAUUGUGUAAUUAUUCAGACUACCCGAAAAGACGUAAUAUAUAU